UCGGAAAAUUUUUGGCCAAUUUUUUUCCAUGCACAGCUGUUCGGCAAUUUUUUGAACUUUGACGAUUCUAUUGAUUUCUAAAAAAUGAUGUCUACAUUAUUUAGACGCAAUUUUUGUAACCAAAUUAAAUACGCUUUAUCAGUUCAAGCAGUACGACCAUUGAUAUUAUCAAAUCUUCGUAACAGUCAGAAUGUUGUCAGGCAUUAUUUUAUUCCGAAAUCGUCUAUUCAUUUCAAAUCGAUAAAACAUUCUUUACGAAAAUUUUCGACUGUCCCAGAAUCUAAUGUAACUCUACUGAGGCGAAAUCGUAUCAUUGGAUUCUGGCUAUUAUCGUGUGCAGGUUUGACAUUCGCUACGAUAUGCAUCGGUGGCAUUACUCGAUUGACUGAAUCAGGGUUGUCCAUGGUCGAUUGGCAUCCAUUCAAAGAGGUACCGCCAUUCAAUACUGAUCAAUGGGAACAAGAAUUUGAAAAAUAUAAACAAUAUCCAGAAUUCAAAAUCAAAAACAAAGAAAUCACAUUGGAUCAAUUUAAACAAAUCUGGUAUAUGGAAUAUAUUCAUCGUAUGUUAGGCCGUACGAUCGGUGCUAUAUAUUUCAUACCUGCAGCAUUGUUUUGGUCACGUAAUUGGUUGAAUAAAUCUACAAAAAUUCGCGUAGGAAUAUUUGGUUCGCUCCUAGCUGCUCAAGGAUUACUUGGAUGGUAUAUGGUCAAAAGUGGUCUUGAAGAGAAGGAAGUAUAUACACAUGAACCUCGUGUUAGUCAAUAUCGUUUAGCCGCUCAUUUGGGUACCGCUAUGGUAUUCUAUACUCUCAUUUUCUAUAAUGGUCUUGUCAAUAUUUGGCCUGAUAGUCUGAUCAAAGGAACUCCUAUCGUUACCAAGCAAUUGAUUCUAUUUAAACGAUUAGCUGCAGGAUCCAAAUUGUUCAUAUUUGCCACAGCAUUAUCCGGUGCAUUCGUAGCUGGUUUGGAUGCUGGAUUAGUUUAUAAUUCAUGGCCAAAGAUGGCUGAUCGUUGGAUUCCAACAGAUAUGUUCCGUCAACAGCCAUUAUGGAAAAAUUUUUUUGAAAAUCCAACUUGUGUUCAAUUUAUACAUCGACAUCUUGGUGAAUUAACAGCCAUUUUUGUCCUGAGUGUUUGGGCAUAUUCAUUGAAGCUUAAGCUACCAACAAAAGCACGAAUGGCAUCGAAUCUAUUAGCCUUAGCCAUCAUAACCCAAGCGACACUUGGCGUAACUGCAUUAUUGAAAUACGUACCAAUCGAAAUCGCUUCAGCUCAUCAGGCCAAUGCGAUGCUUACAUUAUCGAUAGCAUUAUGGUUAUCGAAAGAACUACGGUGGAUAAAGAAAUUACCAAAAUAAUAACAAAAGCAAAUGACAUUGUCAAUAAU